CCAACCUUUGGGGGGCGUUAAUUGUUCCUAUUCGGGAUUUCUUAUACAGACACGCACAUACCCGCACACAAAAGGGCGAGCUCUCCGAUCGUGAAUGGAAAAAUCCUCGUCGGAUAUUUAUAGUUGCGGCUAAGUGCUAACUGCUAGCUUGAUGCUGGGCUCGCUUCGCUCAGCGGCCGGUUCGGCUGCCUCGCUGCUAGCCCCGCCGCAGUGCAGGGGCCGACCGGCGGCCGGGGCGUGUGCGGCGCGCAGCUGGGCCGGCCGUACGUCGCAGCCGCAGUUUGGCGGACGACUGUAACCCAGCGUCGACCUUGAAACUUAAAAGGAGGAUGGCAUGUUUUUUAUAGCGAGUGGACAGCUCAGGUGCGUGUACUUGAGCACCAACCAACGUCGGAUUACACCUUUAAAUAAGUACCUAAAUUAUCACUAUUAGGAGCUGUCGUCUCCCGUGCAACGCCGAAGAACAAGCUCCAACAGAAACGCUCCUCUCGAACGACAAUCGUUAAGCGGAAGCAUCCUCCGUUGAAAACAAUGGAAAGCGUUAGCAUUGAGCUAGGUGCAGCGGCCUCGGUGGGGCGCUCUCUUUUCAUUUGGCAUUCACGAUUAAAUCUCAGCAAACAAACGCAGUUGUAGUGUUUGACAGCACAUGGGUCCCGCACUGACUUGAAACCCAGAUCUGUCAAAACUGGGCAGCACAUCUGCAACAAGUAGUGGAUCUCGAGUAAGAAAGAUGGCCGUUACCGGUUGGUGAGGCCUCUGGCGGACAAGUCCCGGUCAUGCUGUCCUUGUGAGUUGAGGCGGGGCUACCUGGCCUGGAGGUGCGAGGAGGAGUCUGCUUCUAUUAGCCACUCCUGUUAAAGUCUCCCGACACAAAGGUGGGCUUGAGCCACCCACCCUGCUUCCUCCUUUGCUUCUCCUCGUCCAGCACCGCUACUAUGACGCGGUCGCCUUGCGGGUGGAGAACGUGAGGAAGUCUGGAAGGCGACCCUGCUCGGCCAGGGGACUCGGACUUGUCCCUGCUGGACCCGAAAAGCCUCGUGGAGUGCUGGCCCCCUGAUGGCUUGAUGCCUGAGAGCAGCUACUGGCAGCUCUGCCCUCCCUCCAAGUCCAGUCUGCAGGGGGGGUUGCUGAGCUCUAGUUUCCCUCCCGGCCCGGUCCCCCUGACGCCACCCGAUGGCCACCUUCGAGAGGGGAGCGAGCUCCCAGACAGCGCCCCCCUUCAGCCCCAGCAGCACCGACCUCUGGCGCCCAGCGCCUCUGCAUCGGAGCUUUCCCUUACAGGGGCGGCGGCCCUUCCCGGCCCGGCUCCGCCUCCCCCUCCUCCCCCGCCACCCAAACGCCACUGCCGCUCCCUGUCAGUCCCGGAGGACCUGUCGCGCUGCCGCUACACGUGGCGGCCCAGCGCCUCUCGGGUCUGGACUCCCGUCAGUCGUCAGCAGUGCCAUGGAGGAGUGGGCGGCGCUGGGGCCACGGGUGUGGUGGCGGGAGGCGGCGGUGGUGCGUGUCCGCUGCGCCCCCCGAGCUCCUCUCUUAACUCAUCUCUGCACUCAUCGUCCAGCCCCACCUUCUUCAGCCUGGCGCUUUCGCCGGACUCGCCGUUGCCCUGGAAUUUCCCCUGGGACCCCAGUGAAGCAGCGGCGGGGGGUGGUGCGUGUUGCUGUUUCUUCCCCUCACCGUCCUCGUGCUCCUCGUCACCCUCGCCACUCCACCCGCCGCCGCCGCCUCCCCAGCGGCGUUUCUCCCUCUCGCCCGUCCUCAUCCGGGACUCGGCAGCGGCAGCCUUCCUUCCUCCAGCUCCUGUUCAAGCGGCCCCGCCGCUUGUCUGCUGUGUGGCCGGCGGGGCAGCAGCGGCAGCCCCGGUGCCUGCCUCUCCUUCCUCGGCGUGCAGCACGCCGUCGUCCCUGCGCCGCAGCUUGCCUCCGCAGCUUCCGCGGUGCCACUCGCAGCCUUGCGACCUCCUGCUGCUCAAGCCCGGCCUAAAGAGACGCCGCGACCCUGACCGUCCCUGCGCCCGCCCCGUUCUCGACUUCACCAAGAUGACUCAGACCCGCAGCGUUGACCCGCAGUAUUUGGAGCGCGGCGGCAGGCCGGCCUGCGGUGGCAGCGACCUUUUUGUUGGCGCAGAGUCGUUUGUAGGCGAUUUCCGGGGCUCCUGCUCGCCGGCCGAGUGUCUGGGCAGGUCCAGCAUCGGCCCGUUGAGCGAGAGCGACGAGGAGUGCCGCGAGGUCGACGACGACGGGGAGGAAGACGAGGAUGCAGACGAACAUGAUGCGGCGGCACAGCCGCAGCAGCAACAGCAGCAGGCCAUCUUCGAGAGGGAUUGUACAGAACUGGACUUGAAUUUAAUUGAAGAAAACUGACGCCUUUGUAAACGGAAGGCCGACCUUGUUUAUUUUGGGGGUCCUUGAGGUGUUUUUUUAAUUCAUGUUUUCUUUUGAUUGGAUUGCUUUUAUUAUAGAAUAAGAACAGUCCCGACACUCAGUACCUGCCCUACCGUGCCAGAAGUCAGCAAGGCUCACUGGACAGACAGCCGAGGUCAAUCAAAGCUGAUUGAGGACAAUGGUGAUGACGUGACUGCUUGCUGGAGAGGCCCUGCUGUUGGAAAACCUUCUAAGGGAGGGCCGCACAAAGAGGGGGCCAGAUUUUGGCCAGAUUUUGGGCUGCGGCGUCCAUCUGAAACAUUGCCGGGGCACUGGCGUGCAGGAAGGGAAGCCGUCCUAUAGGCUCAGGCUAGACAAAUCACAACAAACUUGCUUUAAUGCCGCAUUCAAAAAAGCCUGAAAGAAGCAAGCACUUGAGGUCAUCUCAUAUUUAUAUCGCUAGUCAGGAAAUUCAAAACAAAAAAUUGGCAGCCAUGACACAUUCUGUCACACGGAAUAUGUUCCGGACCAAAAUCUGUGAUUUAGGAAAGCCAUUUUAAAAACAAGCAAGAGACAUUGAAAAAACAAGAGCACGUCGAUGACAACAAUAUUCACGGCAGGCAUACAUUUAUUCUUUAACCUGCGUGAAAAACUGCUAUUACUGCACUUUGAAACUUUUGAAAUAAUUUAUUGAUUGAAGGUUUUUACCCUUAUCAGUGUGGGUGGGUUCAGAUGUUGACCCACUUUGGUGCGGCGAUGUGUUCAGGUGCACCCCGUUGCUGUGUUAGCGUCAUCCUGUUCCUCCCAAGUAGUUACUGAUGCUGUCGUCUACCGGGCUCUUCAUACUUUGCUGUCACCUUCAGUGCGUGUGUGUGUGCGUGCCUGUAUGUGUGUUACGAAUGACCAACAGCCCAGAAGAAAAGGCUCAUCUGGUGAACCAUGACAGACAACUUUAAAGACAAUCCUAAAAAUUACAUGUUGGGAUUAUCAAUUACUUAGGUGCCAUUUGAGUCAAGAUUUUCACAUCUGGGAAAAUGUAGAACACACAGGCGCACACGCACAAACACACAGACAUACACAGACUAACGUCACCACUUUAAUGACACACAAUGACACUUUCAUUCAAUCCCACAUUCCCCAAAAUAAGCCUUAACAAAACAUUGUGGAAAUCAAAAUGUGAUAAUGGAGGAAUAAAACGUUUUUCUGUAGCUGUUCAUUUCAACUUCAUAUUUCUGAUCAGACAUAAGAGCUUGAGCACGAUGGACAAUGAGCUACUAUGAACAAGUUAGAAAAGAGACUCGCCUUUUAAUAUAAUUAUUAUUGUAUGUCUUAAAACAAUGACAGGGCAAUUUGAAAAGCAGUUUGUGAUUAAAUUAUUGAGAAUUAUUUUACAAUGAA